AUGCCACGCCGCAGCCGCCUGCCCACCCUCCGAAAAGAAGGUCGUUACGCGACGCGCGCCCACCCGCCCCCGGAAGUUAGAAGGAGGCCUACCGGAAGAAUGGCCCGGAUGCUCGCGCAGCCAUUUCCGGCGGACGCGUCGGCAUUUCCGCUAGAAACUAGGCUGCAAUAUCGCUGGCGCGUGGACCUGACUCCCGACGACAGGGAGGGAGGGACGGUCAUAUCUGGCGCUGAGCAUCCCGUUCAUCUGAACAAUGUAAUUUACCAACUUCAAAAAUUACAAAAGGCUGUGGAUAUGGAAGUCCAGUACAAGUCUGGAAAGAUAAGUAUCCCUGAGAAGUUUAUCUUUUCAGGGAAAAAGACUGUUGAGAAUAUAGAUUACCCACACUACUGUGAACUCUUAAGAAAAAUGAACAUGCCUUUUGUGAAAGGGUUUGAGGACAGACAUAACUAUGGCAGAUUUGAAAAGAAAAGCAACCCUACUUUUCUUAAAUUUCACCCUUACCCCCGUUCAGUACUGCCAGACUAUCAUUUGCAUUACCCUUAUCCACCAUCAUUUGGCCCGAAUUAUGCAUUAUUUCCACUUCGGGAUGAUGUCCCCUUAGAAGACCCCUGUGCAAGGUUUGUGAGUCCUGGUGGUGAUGCUGACUUGAAACCCGGCACUGGCAGAGCCAUACCAAACCUGGUGGAUUUCAGUGACGUGAAACCUCAACACAGAGUUCCUAGACCUGACACAGGAUUUUGAUCAAAAAUCAAAAGGCAGAUGAUACUGACACAAGAACUCCAACAGGACAGGAGAUGGAACUCCAGGAAAGUACCAGAUGUUUCCAUCAGAGCAAGACUUGGAGGUUGGACGAGUCCCGGGAAAGUGACUCCUUCACAACCUCACCAUGGGCGGAGCCACAUGGGUGCAUUCCAUGAGGAGGAAGCGUCAUAUGAAGUUGUUCCUUGGGAUAUGAUGCUGCUGCCAAAACUUGAUCCAGAAGAAACAACAGUAGAAAAGGCUGCUGACCUCAUCUCACAGAGCUGCACCCUGAAAAGAUAUGAAAGCACCCCAGCCAUCACCCAGGUGGUUGGCGGACUGGGGGACAGGUUUCAGACGAGGCCGUUCUUCCCAUCCAGCAAGCCGAUCACUUUCGUGAGUCCGAGUUCAAGAAGUCAAUACAUCCCUCUCUACACUGGCCACGUCCUGACGGCCGACACCGACGCUGUGGACAACCCGGGCCGGGACCCCGCAUCCUUGGCCCGGCCGAGGCGAUCGGAGCCGCUGUACACGGACACGAGUCGCCCUGCAAAUAUUCCAGAAUAUACUGGCAAGGUUCAUUUCACAGCCACCCAGCCAGCAAAUUCUCAUAUUCCAUCAACAACCCCCUCGCCGCACUCGGAGCUGCACCGCACCUUAUGCAAAGCAUCAGGAAACCUCUUCCAUCAGCAGUGGCCACUGUCCCAGAUGGUCACAACCGUAAAGCCCUACAACCCCUUCAACAGGAAGGAGAGAGAAACUGUGUUCUUCUGAGAGGCCACAGCCCAGUGUGCACAGUGUG